UUGUCCCUGAAAAGUCAGUGAGAGAAAUUGCAAGAAUCCCUGGAUCAGCUAAGGACACAAUUAAGAAACUUCUUGCUCAUAAAAACAGUGUGAAAAAGCAUGAUAUAGUCAAGAAUUCAAUCCCAGAAGCAGCUGUGACACCAUCUUCUAAGACCCACUUGCAGUUAUUGGACUAUGAAGGUGGUAUUGAUCUUGGUAGGAGCUACAGUGAAGAAGAGAAAGAAACUGAAGCUACUGCAGAAGAGGAGGCAGAAGAGUCAGACGAAGAGGAGAAGGAAAAUUUUGAGAAUCAAAUUGACCAUGAGCAAAGCCUUAGAGGAGAUGUCUUUUUUCCCAAGGUGAAAGAAGCAGCUGCCUUCGGCCCUCGCCUGGCACAGAGGAAAGUUGCAGCUCCAAGACCAGAGCAAGAAGUUGAUUGCAGCUUCAGUCGAGGAGUCUGUGACUGGAAACAAGAUGCUGAUGAUGACUUUGACUGGAAUCCUGCUGAUCGAGAUAUAGGCGAUGGGUACUACAUGGCAGUUCCAGCUUUUGUGGGGCACAAGAAGGAUAUGGGGCGCCUGAAACUUCUCCUCACUGACCUCACACCAAAGAGCAGCUACUGCUUGAUUUUCAGUUAUCGGCUUGCUGGCGAGAGAGUGGGGAAACUUCGAGUGUUCCUGGCAAACAAAAAAACUGCUCCUGUCUGGGAGCAGAACAAAGGAAAAGAUGAAAGGUGGAGAACCGGAAAAAUAGAGAUAUUUCAGGGGGCUGGAACAACCAACAGUGUCACUUUUGAAUCAGAACGUGGGAAGGGCAAAACUGGAGAAAUUGGAGUGGACAAUGUUAUACUCAUUUCUGGCCUAUGCCCUGAAGAUGCCUGACAAUGGAUAUUUGAGUAUACUGGACUUAAUCCUGUUUUUAAUAUUUGCCUUACUAGUAGUGUAUUUUUGUAUUGUUUUCUUUAUAAAAACACCAAAACCAUGAAAAC